GAUGGUCGUAUAACGUAGUUGGCGAGGAGUAGUCACACGACUUUUAUGUGACCAUUUUCUAUCAAGUUUUGCAAAAGAAGUUUUCUUCAAUUAGUACUACUCAAUAAUAUUCCACCAGGAAAAUUUGAUACGGUCUCGUAGGAUUGAAAAUAUUUACUUUUAAUUAAUCAAGUGUAGUGAAAGAGGCAGAUAAUCCUAAGUGUCGCAAAAAAAAAAUGAGUAAAAUGGGAUCAAAAAAAUUUUCGUACGAUGUCGACGAUGAGGAAGAAAACGAGGAUACUUCCGGUUCAGAUUUCGAUGAAGACGAAGAUCCUGAUGAGAUAGAAGUACCAGGAGGUGGAAAAGAUUUAGCCACCGUUGCUACACUGACAAAGCUCAAGAAGGAGAAUACACCCGCAGUGUCAUCCAAUAGUGCAGCGGCUGUGAUGGCCGCAUCGAAUGUGUCAUCCAAAUCGACGGGUAAGAUUCCCAGCGGCUUAGUAACAAAGACGUCAAAUGCAGGAAGCUAUGAGGUGAUCAAACAACCAACCCUCCUAAAACAACCAGGAGUAGGCAGCAGUGUGAGCAUGGCAACAUCACUCGGAUUCGGUGGUAGCACGUCUGUGAAUAGCAUGAAUCAGAUGACUAGUAACCAAAUCAUGCUUGAGCAUCUCAAGGCACUGGUGACAGCUAAUCCGCAUUACCUGACCAGUGGUAUACCGACAAAUCUGCUCUCUCAGAUCUGGAUGGCGGAUUCGAGCAAGAUACCGCAGCCAUCAUUCAAUUAUAUAAAUCAAGUUCCUGAAGAGGAAGAAGCAGAGGAAGAAGAAAUGGGUGUCGCAGAAACCUAUGCGGAGUAUUGGCCGGCCAAGUUAAAAAUUGGCAAGAAGCAUCCCGAUCCUGUGGUUGAAACAGCUUCUCUAUCCUCUGUCGAACCUUGUGAUGUGUAUUAUAAACUUUCAAUUCCACCCGAAGCCAUGAACUCUGGUCAACUGAGUGCGUUGCAACUGGAAUCGAUUACCUAUGCAAGUCAAGCGCACGAAUAUCUAUUGCCAGACGGUUCUCGCGCCGGUUUUCUUGUAGGAGAUGGUGCCGGUGUGGGUAAAGGACGAACAAUAGCUGGAAUUAUCUACGAAAAUUAUCUGAAAGGGCGCAAGAAAUCUAUUUGGAUAUCGGUCUCUAACGAUCUGCGCUAUGAUGCUGAACGAGACCUGCGUGACAUUGGAGCGGGAAGAAUUUCAGUCCAUCCUUUGAAUAAGUUUAAAUAUGCUAAAAUCAAUUCGUCGGAAAACAACAGUACUAAAAAGGGUGUCAUAUUUGGCACCUACUCAGCUCUGAUCGGAGAAUCCCAAAGUGUGACCAUUGGUAAAUACAAAACGCGUCUGAAACAACUACUACAGUGGUGCGGCGACGAUUUUGACGGUGUGAUCGUUUUCGAUGAGUGCCACAAGGCGAAAAACCUUUGCCCAGUUGGUUCUAGUAAGCCUACGAAAACAGGUUUAACAGCGCUGGAACUACAGAACAAGCUCCCAAAGGCACGAGUUGUAUAUGCGUCCGCGACUGGGGCAUCUGAACCUCGUAAUAUGGCUUACAUGGUGCGACUCGGCAUCUGGGGUCAAGGUACGCCUUUUCCUAGCUUUAUGGACUUUAUAACGGCUGUUGAGAAGAGGGGUGUUGGAGCAAUGGAAAUUGUUGCAAUGGACAUGAAACAACGAGGGAUGUACAUCGCCCGGCAGCUUAGCUUCCAUGGAGUUACGUUUAAGAUCGAAGAAGUUCCUCUUACACGGGAAUUCAAGCAGGUUUAUGAUGAGUCGGUUGAAUUGUGGGUGUUGGCUAUGCAAAAGUUCACCGAAGCUGCGGAACUCAUCGACGCUGAAAAUCGCAUGAAGAAAACUAUGUGGGGCCAGUUUUGGUCAGCACAUCAGCGAUUUUUCAAAUAUUUAUGUAUUGCUUCCAAGGUAAACCAUGCCGUUAAAGUAGCUCGAGAGGCAAUCAAAUACGGCAAAUGUGUAGUGAUUGGUCUGCAGUCCACUGGUGAAGCUAGAACACUAGAGCAGCUAGAAAGGGACGACGGUGAACUGACUGAUUUUGUAUCUACGGCAAAAGGCGUUUUCCAAUCGCUGGUAGAAAAACAUUUUCCAGCACCGGACCGGAGCCGUAUUAAUCGUUUGCUUGGUCUAGAGGGUCCAAAAAAGACGCAACUUGAAUGUUUAUUAGAGGAAAUAGACUCAAAACCUUCGGCAAGUAGCGCCGAUUUGAAACGGAAGAUUGUUAAGAGUGGAGCACAAACGAAAGCUAAAAAAUCUAGACGAAACUCGUCUGAUGAUUCAAACAGUGCCUCUCAGGACUCUGAGGGCAAGCUAUCCGAUAGCGAACAGGAGGGAAGUGAUUCUGAGAGUGCCCGUAGCAGUGAUUAUAAUCCGUUCUACUCCGGCUCCGAUAGUGAUGACGAUCCGUGGGUCGGUAAAACGAGUAAAGCAAAACCUAAGAAACCAAAGACACCGAAGAAGAAACCUAUUUCUACGCAAGACAAAAUUCAAGCUCAUCUUUCAAAGAGACAGACUGAAACAAAACCCAUGACGAUACAGGCUAGUAACGGAAUUUCUAUUCAAUUAGGGCCACCACCCAAAGACGCAAUCGAGCGAGCGUGCCAAAUGAAAGAUGAACUUUUAGCGAAAAUUGAAAAGCUUGGAUCAAAAUUACCUGCCAAUACUCUUGAUCAAUUGAUAGAUGAGUUGGGAGGUCCUGAAAAUGUGGCCGAAAUGACAGGCCGGAAGGGACGAGUUGUACAAACCGAUGAUGGAUCCAUUCAGUAUGAAUCACGGUCCGAACAGGACGUACCGUUGGAAACACUUAACAUUACCGAAAAGAAACGAUUUAUGGAUGGUGAGAAAGAUGUUGCGAUAAUUUCUGAAGCAGCAUCUAGUGGUAUAUCACUCCAAAGUGAUCGACGCGUCCGUAACCAACGAAGACGGGUUCACAUUACACUUGAGUUACCAUGGUCGGCUGAUCGAGCUGUCCAACAGUUUGGCCGUACUCAUCGAUCUAACCAGGUCAACGCCCCAGAAUACAUGUUUCUAAUAUCUGAUUUGGCUGGUGAGCGACGGUUUGCUUCUACCGUGGCGAAAAGGCUCGAAUCACUGGGUGCUCUAACUCACGGUGAUCGGCGAGCCACGGAAACUCGCGAUCUCUCACAGUUUAACAUAGAUAACAAAUAUGGUCGAUCCGCAUUGGAAUCAGUUAUGAAAACGAUCAUGGGUUAUGAACAACCGUUAGUUCCACCACCAAGCGAUUACAAAGGAGAUUUUUUUAAAGAUAUAGCCGGAGCACUUGUUGGCGUUGGAUUGAUUGUAAAUAGUGAACAAAUGCCGGGUGUAUUAAGCUUAGAUAAAGAUUAUAAUAAUAUUUCUAAAUUCCUCAAUAGAAUAUUGGGAAUGCCGGUAGAAUUACAAAAUCGACUGUUUAAAUAUUUCACCGACACGCUGACGGCAAUUAUCGAGCAAGCCAAAAAACGCGGACGAUUUGAUUUGGGAAUUUUAGACUUGGGAGCUGCCGGAGAAAACGUAACCCGUGUAAAGAUCACCAAAUUCAUGAGAAAACAUUCAACCGGUGUCGCGCCAAUAGAAUUACAUACAGUACAAGUAGAGAGAGGAAUGAUAUGGCAAGAGGCUAUUGACAAGUGGGCUGACUUGGGUGGGGAAAAGGAAGGUUUUUAUUUAUCGAAACAAGCACGCAAUGGUAAAUAUGCAGCGAUCUUGGCAAUUGAAAUAGAAAACACAAAUACCCCAAAGAAAAAAACAGAAUUAAAAACACAAAACAAAAAAGACCUCAUGUUUCAAAUCUAUCGACCGAAUACAGGACUUCAAUUAAAACUUGAGUCAUUAGAGGAACUGGAGAAAAAGUAUAAAAAGGUGCUUAGCGACGCCACUGAACCACACUGGGUUCAACAGUAUGACGCAUCGGUAAAUACUUGUUCUCACAGUUACUGGAAGGGAAUGUGUCGGUACCUGACAAUGGGUCAAGACUGCGAGGUUGGACUGCGAAGAAGGACAUAUUACGUGUUAUCUGGGUCAGUUUUGACGGUUUGGUCUCGCGUGGAAAACAUCCUGGCUUCUCGUGUAAAUGCUCAGAACCGUAUGCAAGUUCUUCGUCUAAAAACGACAAAAGGACAAAAAAUUGUUGGUACCCUCAUCCCUAAAAACUGCGUUGAGCAUUUGAUCAAAGAUCUGAGUACCGACUCCGAGAGAGUUGAGGAACAAACUUUUGAUGAUGUGUAAGCUCCCAACAAUUGCUAUUGUAUUUUACAGUUAUUCGUGAUAUUACAUUUAAGUGUGUGUUAGAGUGAUAUAUGAAUAGACAUUAUUAGGCGGAUUAAAAUAACGAAACUGAACGUCUCAAUCAAGCAGAAGCAGCUGGCAAAUAACACUGUUCUCCUAACCCAAAUAUUUGUACAGUUUUUCGCCUAGUCUACUACAAUAUUGCGUAUCAACGUAGCUCCACUUCUAUGAAAACAACCUGAAACACAUAACACUUGUGAAAUACCAUAAACAUAAACUGGUUUGUAUGAAUGCGUGUGAUGAUAGUGACUUAGAAAAUUUCUUAUCGACGUUUGAUGGCCGCGAUUGUGCUAAUUUAAAAGUUUUACCGUUUCUAUGACGCCAAAACAUGGUAGGAUCGACGAGAAUAUUCAGUUAUGUAAAUGUGUUUAAAGUUAUGUUCGUACAAAAUUGGUUUAUCUAUUUUGGGAUAAAAAACAGAGAUUGCUGUAAACUACAAUGUGGUAAAUUAAUAAUUCCCGUUUUAAUGAGUAUAUGAUGUACAAAACUAUCCAGUAGAAUCUAAUUUCUAGACAAUAGUAUAAGUUAUUACUAUUAUAGUAGCGAAUAAAUUUUUUGU